UCUUCUUGUAUAUCAAGAAAGUAUUAGUUAUUUAAUAAAUAUAUAACAAUUCAAAUAAACUUUUUGAAAAGCAAUAUACCGGAAGUUGUCUUCAUGAACAGGAGCUCGACAAGGAAGUCGUCCUUUGGCGAAGUCUGAAUAUUUUUUUGCUGCAACCUUCCAGCGUGUUUUCUCUUCGAAGUGAAGACAGUCCCCCUCCAGACGCAAACAUGACACAGGAAAACAUCUUCCUCUUCGUUCCUAAUUUGAUCGGUUACGCUCGCAUCAUCUUGGCCCUGCUGUCCUUCUACUUGAUGCCCUGCUGCCCCUGGUCUGCCAGCUUCUGCUACAUGUUGAGCGCGCUGCUGGACGCCUUCGAUGGCCAUGCCGCCCGGGCACUCAAUCAAUCCACCCGGUUUGGCGCCAUGUUGGACAUGCUGACGGAUCGCUGCGCCACCAUGUGUCUGCUGGUCAACCUGUCGCUACUCUACCCUGCCUACACCUUCCUCUUCCAGCUCAGCAUGUGUCUGGACAUCUCCAGCCACUGGCUGCACCUGCACAGCUCCACCGUCAAAGGCGCAGCCAGUCACAAGAGCAUCGACCUCUCAGGCAACCCGGUCCUGCGUAUCUACUACACCAACAAGGUGGUUCUCUUCUUCAUGUGUAUGGGAAAUGAGCUCUUCUUCAGUCUGCUCUACAUCAUCCAUCACGUCCAGGAGCCCGCAGAGUGGCUCUACUGGUUGCUGGGACUCAGCGGGUCGGUGUGUCUGCUCAAGUCGGCCAUGAGUCUGCUGCACCUCAUCACCGCCUCCCAGAACAUGGUCGCCCUGGAUGCUGCCGAGCGUGAGAAAGCCAGGAAGACGCAGUGAGAGCGCUGAUGUGUUUUACUUAAGUUGAGUUGACUUCACGCUGACUAAAAAUACGUGUGACUUAAGAUACAAUCAAUAGUUUGUCUUUUUUUAAAUUAUUAUUUAUUUUUCUGGGGACCUCAAGCCAACAUGUGUUGGUUUUUUUUUAGGGUGUUUUCAUGAAUUUUAGCCACACAAACUAAGUGGAUUGAUGAAUGGAGCAAAAUGUUUGUAGGCCUUUUUAUGUAUGAUGUUUUCCUUCGUGUGAGAAAUUGUGUUAAAAAUUCUAUUUUUGUUUACACUUGUGCUCCUGCAGUUUUAGAAUGUGUGAUAAUUUGUACAUAUGAACAUUUGUAGAAUGUAUUAUUAGAGAAAACAAAUGUACACGAGGAGUUGUAACUCAGCCAUGUUUGCUGUAAAUGUAUUUGAGAAUUGUACUUGUAUAUCUUGCAUCUAGGUGCAUUAAAUUCUGUAACAAUAAAGACGUAUCAUGUGA